AUGGCUACCCCUAGUGUCCUCGCUUUUGACGCUGAGGGUCGGGCCAUUGACUUUGAGGUCUGGGUAGACGACCUGCAGCUGUUCUUACAGUGCGAUAGGGCACACGGCCUCUCUCUCUUUGACCUUACCUCUGGCGCUUCCCCUGCCCCUGCUGCUGAUGCUGACGCCACUGUUCACUCCCAGUGGGCCACACGCGACGCUGCUGCACGUCUUGCUGUGCGUCGCCACCUCCCUACCUCCGAGCGUGCGCACUUUAGUCAGUACAAGAGUGCUCAGACCUUGUACGACGCUGUAGUCGCGCGCUACUCCUCCCCUGCCACUGCUGCACUGAGCCUCACUCGCCUCCCUGACUCCCUUCGAGUAGUCAGGGACCACUUUCUCUCAGUCUGUCCCACCACACUCACUGUCGACCUCCUCGAGAAGGCCCUCUUAGCAGCGGAGAAGACUAUAUUCGCUGUAGGAGCCUCUCGAGGUGACCCGCGCACCCCCAUCUUUGAGGGAUGUUCCCCCUCCCCCCAGCUGCCCUCUGUUGCCUCUGCUGCUGCGGCCGACCUCCUUGGUCUUGAGUCGGUCGGUGCGGCGUCUGCCCCUAGCGGGAGACUCCGCUCUGGCAAGGGCAAGGGGGGCAAGGGAGCUGGAGGAGCGGGCGGUGGGGGUGGAGGUGGAGGCGGUGGGGGGAGUGGGGGUGGCGGUGGGAGUGGAGGUGGGGGUGGGGGGGUCGGUGGCGGCAGUGGAGGCGGAGGCGGCGGCGGCGGUGGCGGUGGGAGCGGAGGUGGCGGAGGAGGCGGCGAUGGAGGGGGAGGCGGAGGCGGCGGCAGUAGUGGAGGCGGCGGAGGCGGCGGAGUCGGUGGGGGUGGCGGUGGAGCUGGUCGCGGGUCUUCACAGAGGAGUGGCUCCGGUGGUGGCUCGCGCCAGCAGCAGCAGCGCGAUCGUGAGACCCCGUCCCCUCAGCAGCUCCGUGACUGGUACACUGCUCGCCAGCGGGGUGGGGGUUUUGGUCCGUGCACCUACGUCCUGCGCAUCGGCGACCGUGCGGGUGAGCAGUGUGGGGGUGCGUACCCCACCCAGCGCUGA